GAAGGAAGGUCACAUGCGUGAUUUUGAGCAACGAGCUACAGCGAAGCAUCAUAGAUCACAAAGCAUAUUAUGCUGUAACAAAAGCUAUAGUUGUUGUUUUAACAAUGCUGUCUUUUGUAGACGUGAAGCUGAUUUAAAUGGACAGUAAAUCUACGACGUUUUUGUGAUUAUUUUGGCUAGCUGCCUAAUGCUUUUCUUCCAAAAUGUUGCGGAAUAUACUACAAUUCAACAUCGGGCUUAAGAAUGCUUGGUUGCAUAGUAAAAGGUUUCCAUGCAAGCAGCCUCUAUCUUAUAUGAGGUACUCUACAGCACCUGAAAGAAAACGGUUCUAUCAAAAUGUCAGCAUAUCACAGAGUGAUAAUGGUUUGUAUGAGAUAAAUUUGGACAAAAGGAAACUGAAAACUCCUGGAGGAAAGUUGUUCACAGCACCAAAUGAAGCCCUGGCUAUCGCCGUAGCAACUGAGUGGGAUGCUCAACAAGACACACUGAAGUUUUACACCAUGCACCUGACAACCCUAUGCAACACUGCUUUAGACAAUCCCACGCAACGUGAUGAAGACCAAAUGAUCAAAGCUGCACUUAAGUAUCUAGAGACUGACACAGUAUGUUACAGAGUUGAAGAGCCUUACGGUUUAGUAGAUCUUCAGAUCAAUGAGUGGGACCCUGUACUUCACUGGAUUGAGAACAGAUAUAAUGUCACUAUUGGUUCAUCCCCCAGUAUUUUGGGGCCUGAGAUUCCUGAAGCAACUAAAGAUACAUUCAGACAACAGCUCAAAUCUUACAACUUUUGGUCCCUGACAGGCCUUGAGUACGUGAUCACUCAGCUGAAGUCUGUUGUGCUGGCUCUCGCUAUGAUUGACCGACACCUGUCUGUAGAGAAAGCUGUGCUGCUCUCAAGACUAGAGGAGGAGUUUCAGAUCCGCCAGUGGGGGAAUGUGGAGUGGGCCCACGAUUAUGACAUGUAUGAACUGAGAGCACGGACUGCUGCUGGAGCCCUUUUUGUCCAGCUGUCUUCUGAGACUUCAUCUGUUAAGCGCAAACUUUUACAAGAUUAAAAAGUAAAGCUUUCACAAAAGUAGUGACUGGACUUCUCAAUCUCUAGACCAGCCAGACCCAAACAUGUUUACUCUGUGUCUUUGACCGACAUUCAUCUCACUCUGACCAUCUUCUCCUGCAGUGUUUUUGUGGCAGCUGUCAAAUGUGACUCCAGACUGAGCUCUGUCAGCUCGCAGUCAUCUGUGGUUCUGGAUGUUGCACGGGUUCUCAAAGAGUGACUCACAUUGUUUUGUAUUAGAAUGUGCUGUUCUGUGCACAUUACACUCUGAACUGUGAUACAAUAAAGCAGAUAAUUGAAACAUGAGACACAGGACCAGUAGGUUCAAGUUCAUGGUUAUAAGGAUAUGCUAUUAUUGAAUGUCGUCAUACCAUGAAUUACUGACAAGACAAGUCAAGACAAAUAAAUAACUUAUAACCUGU